GCGUCGUUAGGAGAGUGGGUCACUGACGAAGGACAACCGAAAUGAAGGCCUUAAGUUUUAUUUUUCGAGCGGCCAACAGCCUUUGUAUUCGGCAAGUCGAGCAGAGGACCUUGUUUGCAAGAUGCGGAAUGUGCGGUUCUGCUUCGUCAAAUAGCAAGUUUGAGCCAGGCUUUGGCUUGUUAUUUGACAUCGAUGGGGUAUUGGUCCGAGGGAAGACACCUAUUCCAGCUGCAAAGAAGGCCUUCCAGAAACUGGUGGACUCCAAUGGACAGUUUGUAGUUCCUGUUGUUUUUGUCACGAAUGCUGGGAACUGCCUGCGUCAGAAGAAGGCAGAUCACCUUUCACACAUCCUGGGAGUGCCUAUAUCCCAAGACCAAGUUAUGAUGUCCCACAGCCCUCUGAGAAUGUUCAAGAAAUACCAUGACAAGUGCGUGCUGGUUUCGGGACAAGGGCCAGUUCUGGACAUCGCCAAAAACUUGGGCUUCAUGAACGUGGUUAGCAUUGACAUGAUACGUGAGUCAUUCCCCCUGCUGGACAUGGUGGACCACAAUAGAAGACCCAAACUUCCGUCCUCACCUGUUGUGAAUUUCCCUAAAAUUGAAGCUGUAAUUCUCUUUGGGGAACCCAUUCGAUGGGAGACGAACUUGCAGCUGAUUGUUGAUAUUUUGUUGACUAAUGGGAACCUGAACAACCCCUAUGAGAGCUCCCAUUCCUCCCAUCUUCCUCUGCUAGCUUGUAACAUGGACCUCAUGUGGAUGGCAGAAGCACAAGCUCCACGAUUUGGUCAUGGUACGUUCUUGGUGUGUCUGGAGAACAUCUACAAGAAGAUCACAGGAAAGGACCUGAAGUAUGAGGCUCUGAUUGGGAAACCUAGCGAGCUGACCUACCAUUUUGCUGAGUACCUGAUCAGAGAGCAGGCUGCCCAGAUGGGUUGGAGGGCCCCCAUCAGAUCUCUCUAUGCAAUUGGGGACAACCUCAUGACCGACAUAUAUGGUGCCAAUCUCUACAAUCGCUACCUCGUGGAACGGGCUGCUAGGAAGAGCGCUAAAGCUGUGGCGAAAGUGGUUGCAGGUACGGGGACCCCUGCAACUGUCCCCCAAGAGGUGGACACAGACAAUGCCUGGGAGAGUGAGCUGGCCUCCCCUACUGCCACCUCCUGCAAGUCUAUCCUGGUUUGCACAGGUGUCUUUAACCCCCUCACAGAGGUGCCCAAAGAUGCCAGCCAGUGCAUCAAAGAGACUGUCUUUCAUGGGCACCGCGACUUCCACUUUGACCCAGCGCUGGUUGAGCCUGGUCACAUCGUUCCUGAUGUAAACGCGGCCGUUGAGCUCAUUUUUGAGCAGGAGAAAUAUGAAAUGCCAGUCUAA